AUGCAAAUGAAUGAAAAAAUAACAAGAAGCAAACUAAUUGUAUAUCACAUUUCUACUUUUCUAAAAGCAUUAAGUGAUUUUAAAACUGUCUAUAAAACAAAAGAACACUUUGAAAAUAAUUUAUCUAAAAUACAUAAAUCUUUCACAACAUUAAAAAAUGUUUUAGAAAACUUGAAUAAGAUGUGUGAUGUAGAAAAAGAAACUAUUAAUGAUAUUAUUAAAUAUAAAAUUGGUAAUAUUACUUUACUAAAGCAUACAAUAUAUGGAUAUAUUUCUGUUGAGACUGGAAAUACAGAUCUAAACGAGUAUUUAAUAAAACGUCGAUCUUUUGAUUUAAAAAUGGAAUGUUUAAAAUUUCGUAAUUUUGAAGUGACCAUGUGUGAUUUUUGUGGUACGAUUGGGUAUGAACUACCGAUGAAUAAAAUAAUGGAUCAUAACAUUAUUCUAUCUUUCCAUGAUAAAUGUAUCAAAGAACUUUCUAAUGCUUUUUAA